AUGGGUUUGAUCAACUGGGUGGUGGAACAACAUCAGUUUUUAAUGCACCAAUGUUUUUCACUUCCAUUUGCAUUUUUGUUUUAUUUUCUCACUAAACGUGGAUAUCUGUCCUUGACAUGCAGGUACCUGUUUGUUUCUGUUGGAGGAUGUGUCCUGGCAGUUGUCACGAUGGGCAUCUACAGUCUGCUUCUGUUCGUUUCCACCUUUGUCUUUAUUCUGCUCCUGGCCUUUGUGGAUCCUGGCUAUAUCCACAUCUGGGUGUUUGGUGUCCAGAUGUUGUGGCAAACCUUCUGGCACCUGCUUAUACAAUACAAGGAAUACUGGUUGCAUGAGUCUGUCAGCAUCAGAAUGUUUUUGGCAGUGUCCUCAUUGAUGCUGCUCACUCAGAGAAUGACCUCAGUGUCCAUGGACCUCCAGGAGAAACAAGUUACCGGCUGUGUGAUGCUUCUCCCACUUACCAGCUACCUCCUCAGUUUCACCACACUGCUUGGAGGCCCUUUGUGCUCCUACAGCCAAUUUGUGUUCCAUAUGCAGGGAAUCAAGCCUCCACCCAGUCCACUGGGGGCGGUAUUCCUAAAGUUGAUACAGGUUUUAUUGCUGGAGUUGGUGAGGUUUUGUCUGGUCUGUUUUAUGAAACAAAACAUCCCUGAUCCCUCUCACUCUGCUGUUCUUUGUGGCAUCCUGUGGGUUUGGGGUCUUGCACUGGUUUUGAGGAUGCAAUACUACUCUCACUGGAGGAUCAGUGAAUGCAUCAAUAAUGCAGCUGGGUUUGGAUUUUGUGAAAAUUCCUCAGGAGACUGGAGCGGACUAUCUGAUGGAGAUUUCUGGAGCACUGAGGCGUCAAGCCGCAUGUCAGACUUUGCUCGUCGAUGGAACACCACAACAGCUUCAUGGCUGCGUAGACUGGUUUAUAUAAGGUGCAAACAUUUUCCCUUGUUCAUGACUUUUGGGUUUUCACUGUGGUGGCAUGGUUUGCACUUAGGUCAUUUUGUAGGGUUUUUGACCUGGGCAGCAACAGUGAAAACAGACUACUAUAUACACAGGUAUUUACACCCAAAGCUUACCUCAACAUGGAGGAAGCUGCUAUACACUUGUUUAGGCUGGAUAAACACUCAAAUGAUUGUUACUUGUGUUGCUAUAGCUGUAGAAUUAAGAAAUAUGUCCGGCUUGAGACUUUUGUCUGUUACAUACGCAGAGUUUACUCCCUAG